GAUUAUAUUGAUUAGUUUUAUUAUAAUUUUUUUUUCUUUGCCCCCCUCGCUUUCGCUUUCGCGUUUGCCAUCCCCUGUUCCCGCGGUGUGCUAGGAUCAAUGCAUGUCGCCUUGUUUCAGAUUCGACUCGAGUCCCUCUUCCUUCUGUAGACAGGUAUCACUGCCUCUUGUUAUUUUUAUUACAUAUUAUUAUUUCCUGCUCGGCUGCUUUCUUUCAUUGGCUAUGCUUUUCCACCGACGAGGGUUUGGCUGUUACCAGUCCGCCGGUCACCAGCCAUUCAACUGCAAUGGCGGCGGCCGAUCCGUCGCACUGUCGGACACAUCCUCUAUGACUUGCCUAUUGGAUCGAGAUCCUCGAGCCCAGCUGUGGCAAGCUCUAGUGGAGCCGCUCGGUGGUUUCUCUCCUCACUAGUCAUUGGACAAUAACUCCGCUGUCGAAUGGGCCUACCUUUAUCACUCAUUUACUGGGCUAGCUGUCCCCCGCCU